CCCCACCCUUUCGUUGCUUCGUCCUCCUCCAGACGAGGGCGGGUCGUCCCCCACCUUUGCCGCUUCUCUGUUCCCUCCAAAAACCCUAGCAAAACGAUUGCUCCAAAUACCCGUUCCCUCCACUCCGCUUCCCUCCCAAAAUUUCGAACCCCAAAUCGAAGCUAUCAGCCUAUCACGCGCCAGCGCUCACCUACCACCCCACGUUAAUUGGAAGAACCGCUCCAAUUUUGAAGUCGACCGUCCAGUCCAAUCUCACCCACUCAAUUUUCCCUAAAAAAAAUUCAAGAAAGUAUCCGGUACCCGCCGUCACCCCGUCCACACUACAAAUCCCGCCACCAUGCGCUCCAUUUGCGCCAUGAGAUCCCUGCUCGCCGCUGGCGCUGCCGCCUCCGCCCCCACCGUCCUCCGCGCCGGCGCUUUCCCACCGCGGCCGCAGCCCCGCUCUCUACCUUUCCGCCGGGGUCGUGCCGCCGGAAACAUGCUGGGCACGGCGAGGUCAGUCUCUGCGGCGGCCCAGUCGCGAAUCGGCGGCGGCGGCUCUGCGAUGGAGGCCCGGGCGGUCCAGUCCGGCGAGAUCCAUGUCAUCGUUGGUCCCAUGUUCGCCGGCAAGACCACCGCGCUCCUCCGCCGGGUUCAGGCAGAGGCCGGCAGCGGAAGGACUGUGGCGCUCAUAAAGUCUGACAAAGACAACCGCUAUGGAUUGGAUUCUGUUGUCACUCAUGACGGUACAAAGAUGGCGUGCUGGGCCUUAUCAGAGCUGUCAAGUUUCCAUGACAAAUUAGGAAUUGAGGCCUACGAUAAGGUAGAUGUUAUAGGUAUUGAUGAAGCACAGUUCUUUGAUGAUCUUUACGAUUUCUGCUGCAAAGCUGCGGACCAUGAUGGAAAAAUUGUAGUUGUUGCAGGGCUAGACGGUGACUACAAAAGGAAAAAGUUUGGCUCAGUUCUGGAUAUUGUUCCCCUGGCUGACUCAGUCACCAAGCUAACAGCACGGUGUGAGCUGUGUGGUCGCCGGGCAUUCUUCACAUUGAGGAAGACACAAGAAACUAAGACUGAACUAAUUGGGGGAGCUGAUGUUUAUAUGCCCGUGUGUAGACAACACUACAUGGAUGGGCAGGUUGUUAUAGAGGCCACAAGGAUUGUACUGGACCUUGACAGAUCCACUGUGACAGCGCAAGCUCUGAAAUAGAUCAAUACUCUGUACUUGAUACUUGGCACCUUGACUUCUGUGUGCAAGUAUGCGGUGUGUAACAAUUUAAUCAUUAUAUUGGUUUCUCAUGAAGACACUUACCAUCUAUACUAUUUGGCGUCUGUCUGAAAUGUUGGUGAAAAGCUAAUGGCAUGGAGAUGUAGACAAUUUCGAGGGGAGCUCAAGGAGUGUAUCCCACAGAACACAAUUGAGCAGACUGUAAAUAUUAAGCAGUUUGGAUGUUAAAUGUGAACAUUCAUGUCUUUUACUUCAAUAGACUGCAAAAUUGGCAUUGUGCUGUUUAACUACUA